CAGACCUGGGAGCGGAUGUGGGGGCACGUGGAGCGGGUGCACCCCGACGGCAGCGCCGUGGCCGCCGCCAUCCGCAGCGCCGCCUGCCUGGCCCGGCCCUCGGUUCCGCCCGUGCCCAAUUACAAGCUCUCCAUGUCCAUCCCAGAAUGGCUGCAGGCAAUACAGACCUACAUGAAGAUGCUGCAAUACAAUCACACGGGAACUCAGUUCUUCGAGAUCAGAAAAUCCAGACCUCUAAGUGGGUUGAUGGAAACAGCAAGAGAAAUGACCAGGGAGUCCUUACCUAUCAAAUGCCUUGAAGCAGUCAUCCUGGGGAUAUACCUAACAAAUGGGCAGCCCUCUGUGGAACGAUUCCCCAUCAGCUUUAAAACCCACUUCUCAGGGAACUAUUUUCAUCAUGUGGUGCUUGGGAUUUACUGCAAUGGCCGGUAUGGAUCACUGGGCAUGAGCAGGCGCUCGGACCUAAUGGACAAACCUCUGACUUACCGAACUCUGAGCGACCUCAUCUUUGAAUUUGAAGACUCCUAUAAGAAGUACUUGCAUUCAGUCAAAAAAGUCAAAAUCGGAUUAUAUGUUCCGCAUGAGCCACACAGCUUUCAGCCCAUUGAGUGGAAACAGCUGGUCCUCAACGUAUCCAAAAUGAUGCGCACAGAAGUCAGGAAGGAGCUGGAGAAGUUUGCCAGGGAUAUGAGGAUGAAGAUUCUGAAGCCCUCAAGUGCCCAUUCUCCCAUGAAGGAGAGGUCGCGGGGUAAGUCGCUGUCCCCUCACCGAAGGCAGGCCAGCCCUCCGAGACGGCCGUUCAGAAGAGACAAAUCGCCUGCGGUGGUGGACAAGAAGGGAGACCUGGCUACACUCAACGAGGUGGGCUACCAGCUCCGCAUCUAACAAAGCCAUAGGCUGGACAGAGGGCUUCCUCGGUGCUUCCCACUGCACUUUACCCUCACUCCACUGGAAGGAAAAAGGAACGGGACUAUUUAUUAACUUGUGGACACUUACAGUAAAGGUUUUAUCUAGAAAAUAGAACAGAGAAUUUUCUUGGUGGCUGUAUUUAUUUUCAUUCAGUUCAUGAAAAGGCAUUAGUGAAGAGAACCUUCACUCUAUCAUGUAGGACAUAACAGCAGUUGUAUGUGAAUUUCUACAAGUAGAGUUUUGCUAUGUGAGCAUUAAUGGAAUUUGGACAUUGUGCUGGCUGGUAGCUUUGGGUUGGCUACAACUCAUACUCUUAGUAUUAAGAUGUGCUGGGUGCAGUGUUUAAAAAAAAUAAAUAAAUCACAUUCAGUAUUAAUAGUCGGUUCAGCAAUAAAAACAACCAGUGCAGCAGUGGCAUGAUUUUUUGAAGUGUCAACAUUACCUCACAAAACUGAAUAGAUAUGCAAAACUGUCAGUAUUACUGUUUUGUAACAAGUUUGUACUGUUUCCCAGCAUUCCUGGUAGUAUUAAAAUGGCACUGGAUGUGCCCUGCCACCUCUAUUGUUGUUCUGUGCAUGUUGCUGAAAGACAUUAAUAAUAAUAUGCAAGUUGUAUUCUUAAAAACGUUUUCUUGGGGAAAAAUGAGUUUUUUAAAAAAAUAAUAACUGAUUAAUAGUGAAUUUCUAAUAUUUCAUAAUUUUUUAUACUUUGUCACAAGCUUUUUGUCUUUCUUGACUACACUGCUGAAGCACAAGAAGAAGAGAUUGCUGGUUUUGUAGAGACAAGUGUCCACAAUAAUGGUUUGUUGCUUGUGUAUGUUAUUGCAAUCAUGGAAAAAACGUCCAAAUUGCUGAGUCUUUACACAACUCUUUCAAGAUUUGUGUGCAGCUUUGAACCUCGUCUUUGAAAGGCCAAGUGCUCUCAGAUGGUGAUGCCUUGACAUCUUAUAUUAAGAUCAGACAUCACAGGCUGAAGUUAAGCUUCCACUGUGCUGCCGAGGGAAUUUCUCUUGUAUGCAUUGUAAUCACAACUGCUUAGUCAGACCUGAAUAAGGAAGCUUGUAUUGGAACAAGUUCAGCAAUAAAAUACAUGGUGUGUCUGAAAUAA